GUCGUGUGAUUAAAAUCCUGACCCUGGCAAAGAUGGAAAGAAUGUUGGAUAUAUGCCCACAUGCGACGGUGCCUGCAUGUAGAGAUCAGAGUAGGUCAAGGGGGUAAGAUCGUAGAACGAUGCUUGCUGCAUUCAAUGAAAAGGCAGCCGUUUCCCCCCCAAGAUGUUGAAGUGCCGUAGCUUGGUAUCAAACUUCAUUUCUUCUCUUUUUUUCUUUUUCACCUCUGAAUAGUGACUUCGAAGGACGGACUGCCUUCGGCAUGCUGGUUUUGACCAAGCUCUACGCCCUUAGCGCAUUUGCUGGGCUGACUGCCGCAUGGCUUCCUGGAGUACACCGAGAUAUCUACUCCAUCGACGGAAAGAACCUGUUCAACCGCUCAGUCCCCUUCAGGGGCUCUAGUAAACGAUGGCUUCCAUUAUCUGGAAAGAUCCGCGGUGUCAACCUCGGGUCACUUUUCGUAUUUGAGCCAUGGCUCGCAGAAUCUGAAUGGAGUGAGAUGGGAUGCGGUAAUCAGAAAGCAGAGUUCGACUGCGUCUCGACCCUUGGUCAAGAUGCCGCCAACUCUGCUUUCCAGAAGCAUUGGGGCUCGUGGAUCACGAAGAGUGAUAUCUCCCAGAUGCAAAGCUAUGGACUGAAUACGAUCCGCAUCCCGGUGGGCUAUUGGCUAUAUGAAGACAUUGUCUAUACUAAUAGCGAGCACUUCCCUCAAGGUGGUUUGUCGUACUUGGAACAAGUCUGUAGCUGGGCUAGCGACGCUGGACUCUAUAUAAUUAUUGAUCUGCACGGUGCACCUGGUGCGCAGGUAUCGGACAAUUCGGAUACUGGCCAGUAUGCAUCGAGUGCCGGCUUCUACGUCGACUAUCAGUAUGAUCGAGCACUCCAGUUCCUCGAGUGGAUGACCACAAACAUCCAUCGAAAUCCCGCCUUUCGGAACGUGGGGAUGCUGCAGAUCGUGAACGAGCCAGAACAGGACGCUGACGCUGUCUCGUCGAUGCGCACAAGCUAUUACCCAAAUGCUGUUAAUAAAAUCCGUUUGACGGAAUUGGGUCUAGGUAUCAUCCCGGUCGAUUUCUUGCAUAUUCAGAUGAUGGACGAAUUAUGGGGUUCCGGGGAUCCAAACCAGUGUCUAAUAGACCGUUACUUUCUGGCCUAUGAUGACCAUCGCUACAUGAAAUACGAUUCGAGCGUGAAAGUAUCCAAGGAUAGCUAUAUCAAUGCCUCUUGCAGCGACAACCGGGAUUCGAACACUCCCACCAUCGUUGGGGAAUUUAGUUUGAGCCCGCCAGACGAUGUGCAGUGGGAUCCGGAAUGGAGUCCAGACUCCAAUAAGGACUUCUACAAGAGGUGGUUCGCAGCUCAAGUGCAGGCAUACGAAAAGCAGCAGGGCUGGAUCUUCUGGACGUGGAAGGCCCAAGCGGGAGACUAUCGCUGGUCAUAUUCCGAGGCUGUCAAUGCGGGUGUUAUUCCCACGAACCUCGACGACGUAUACAACGAGGGAGUCUGUUAGUUGUAAGAUGCAGAGGUGUGUGGGACUGAUCUUAUUCUAAUACCUUAAUCCGGAUCCCCUAUUCUAUUCUGUGCAUGUGGUUGUAUAAAACGCUCUGUAACGACUUGUUUAUA